AGAGAGAGAGAGAGAGAGAAGCAGAAGAGAUAUCAAAUAUGCUACGAUCUUGUUUCAGACCACUGGAACGAUGCUUCGGUCUUAGAGGGGGAGAUGGACUUCUUUGGCACAUGGACUUGAAACCACACGCUUCCGGUGAAUUUUCGAUCGCUGUCGUUCAAGCUAACUCAUCCCUUGAAGAUCAAAGCCAAGUCUUCACCUCUCCUUCCGCCACUUACGUUGGAGUCUACGAUGGCCAUGGUGGCCCUGAAGCUUCUCGUUUCAUCAAUAACCACCUCUUCCCUCAUCUUCACAAGUUUGCCGCGGAACAGGGGGGAUUGUCAGCGGAUGUCAUAAAGAAAGCGUUUGAUGCCACUGAGGAGGAGUUCUUGCAUUUGGUGAAGCGUUCAUGGCCUGCUCGCCCGCAGAUCGCUUCGGUGGGUUCCUGCUGUUUGGUUGGUGCCAUUUCUGAUGAUAUGUUGUAUGUGGCCAAUCUUGGGGACUCCAGGGCUGUUCUUGGGCGGAAGGCACCCGAGGGUCGAAGGAUUCCGGUGGUGCCAGAACGCUUGUCCACUGAUCAUAAUGUUGCUGUCGAGGAAGUGAGGAAGGAGGUCGAGGCGCUUCAUCCAGAUGAUUCUCAUAUUGUGGUUUAUAGUCGCGGAGUUUGGCGGAUUAAGGGUAUAAUUCAGGUGUCGAGAUCUAUUGGUGAUAUCUAUCUCAAAAAACCUGAGUUCAAUAGGGACCCCCUUUUCCAUCAAUUCGGAGCUCCGGUCCCUCUUAAACGACCUGUGGUGACAGCAGAACCUUCAAUCCAGAUUAGAAAGUUAAAGCCACACGACUUAUUCUUGAUUUUUGCAUCAGAUGGCCUGUGGGAGCAACUGAGUGAUGAAGUGGCAGUAGAGAUUGUGUUCAAAAACCCAAGAGCUGGGAUAGCAAAGCGAUUAGUGAAAGCUGCCCUUCAGGAGGCUGCAAGGAAGAGGGAGAUGAGAUAUGAUGACAUUAAGAAGAUAGAGAAGGGAAUCAGACGGCAUUUCCAUGAUGAUAUCACUGUGAUUGUGAUUUAUCUUGAUCACAUCCAAGGCUCUUCUAGUAGUAGAUUCAAGUACAGUGCUGUUGACUGCACCACUGCUCCUGUUGACAUCUACUCUCUUAACACAGAUGAAGCAGAAGAAGACUGCAUUCACACUGUUUCCUAAAAGAACUUGUCCAGCUAAAGGGUACACACUGAGUUAGUGACUAGUUGCCUUUGUGAAUAUAUCUUUAUAUAUAUAUAUAUAUAGAUAUUAAAAGAAAGAGCAAUGAUUCAAAGAAAUGAGUAGGUAAAUGUUGUAAAAGGAAUACAUUGGUGUCAAAGGCAGGGCAAAGACAGGUUAUCCAAUAAGAAAAGAUAACAGUUAGGGUGGUAUACAUUACAGUCAGAGAGAUUGUCGAUAAAUCCAAGCUGCCAUGUGACUUUUUAAAUCGCAGAUUUUGAGUUCCAAUCUUGGUUCCAGGUUUUGCUCAGGUUCUUGGUAGCUGUCAAUUGGGAGAAGUUUUAGUUUUAUUCCGCUUCGAGAGAACGGAAGAAGUGGCAGUACUGCUGUAGGCAUGAACAGACCAAAGAGGUGACUAUUUUGAAAUCUUUUCAUUUUGUUUUGAUGGUUAUUAC